AUGCCAGACUCGAUGGCGAACCCAGCUAUGGACACUGUUGCUCUACUUCCUGAUACAAUGAAGGCCCCGGGAUUUACAAAAGCUGUGCAAACUCGCGAGGGGAAGAGACCGCAAGCCAUUGCGCAUCGAGGAUACAAAGCCAAAUUCCCAGAAAACAGUAUGGGGGCGUUUAAGGGUGCGGUGGAGAUUGGCGCGCACGCCAUCGAGACGGAUCUGCAUCUAUCUAGAGAUGGAGUAGUGGUUCUUUCACACGACGCCACUUUGAAGAGGUGUUUUGGAUUGGAGCACAAGAUUGUCGAUUGCGACUGGGCUUUUAUCGAACCGCUGCGAACCAUUCGAAAGCCUCAACAAGCGAUGGCUAGACUGGUCGACUUGUUGGAAUAUUUGGCCUCGCCCGGACUGGAGGACAUUUGGAUAUUACUUGAUAUCAAGCUUGACGACAACCCGGAUAGAUUGAUCAGUGCAAUUGCAGCUGCUAUCGAACAAGUGGAUCAUUCGAUAAAAUGGUCGGAAAGAAUCCUUCUAGGAUGUUGGAAUGCCAAAUGCCUACCGAUCUGCUCCAAAUAUCUUCCUGGCUUUCAUAUUGCCCACAUUGGCUGGAACAUACCAUAUGCACGCCAGUUUUUGGAACUCCCUGACGUAUCGUUCAACGUGUUCCAAAAGAUGAUGAUCGGACCCGGCGGCAGCAGAUUCAUGCAAGAUGUAAGAAAGCCAGGCCGGUCACUCUUCCUCUGGACAGUUAACGACGAUAACACGAUGAGGUGGUGCAUCAGCAAGCAGGUCGACGGAGUGAUUACAGAUGACCCGAAACGCUAUCUAGAGCUUUGUAGGAGCUACAAAGGAGAGAAAGUGAAGAUUACAAUGAAGGGGUGGGCUUCGUUCGCUUUCAUCAAGAUUAUAAUUCCUUUCUACCGGAUCCUCGUGCAGAGGAGGCAUGGAACGAAUAUGAGCACGGGACAGGUCAAGCAGGAUAUAUUGAUUGGUAGACGAGAGCACCUGAGCAAGCCUUCCUCCAGUGGUGUUGUUACUCUAAACGCAGACCUGCCCCCCACUGUUUCAGGAAGCAGAAAGCAUCAGGGUCAGGGCCAACGAGCAGAAAUGAAAGCUGCGAGGACCGCGUCCGAGGCGGGAUGGAGUGGAGCUACGGCCGUGGAAACGAUCCCUGGACUUUCGAGGGCUAGUAGAGGUGAAAUAGAAAGCGUGGACAGAGCCAAGCCAACCAGAGAAGAAGAUGUCUUCGACGCCCAGGGCUUCCGCUACCGAGUACCACCAGAAGUCACUAGACGAGCCAGUGAGAGACUGCCAAUACAGGACAAGCACCAGCAACAGCAAGCUCCUAAAUUGAAGAGGGGGGGGACUGGGUUGGGGCUGGGGCUCAAGAGACUUGUGGGUGGCAUUGGAUUCGGUUCGAAGAGAGAGAAGGAGAGAGAGAAAGAGAUACCGGCGUAUCGAGAUCUGAACUCUAGACAGCCAGAGACUGCUGCUGAGGCACAGGCACGAGCAAGGUGGGAAGAGCACCAGAGGAGGGCUGGGCUAAUCCCCGGACUGUUGAGUCCGAGGACAUCGGGCGAACAAGGACGCGGUAAAGAACACGGAUAUGUGGAAGCCAAGGAGGAGGAUCAAAGUCCAAUGUCACGGCCAGCUCACUCGACCAAGGCCCCGCUAGAUCGAGUUUCGAGCCCUACUCAUGAUGGCCAGACCGUGGCGAGAGCUCACACCUUUUCCCACGACCGAACCGCGCGUCAAGAAAACUACGUCUAUACACCUCCCCCAUCCGCAUCCUCAUCCACGGCUCCGUAUCGAGCAGGCACCUUCCCGAAGGAUCAAGCCCAGAUUCACGAGCACAACCGUGAUUCGGAUUACAGCCAUAGACACCAUCAGUCAUACAGCUCGAUUCAGAGUCAAGGCUCGAGGGCUGAUAUCGCAGACAGAAGGAACUUAUACGGGGGUGGCAGAAUCCGUGGGAAGACGACGACGACGACGGGAUACGAUGGCGCGAACAGGGCUGGCAUGGGAGGAGGGAGGAGCGUGCGGGAUGUAGAGACGAGUACGGUGAAUACUACGCCGAGUGAGGUGCUGCCGAGGGUGAUGCUGGUGGAUUUUGGGAAGCAGGGUGGAGGAGGUCAACUGGCACGGGAUAACGAGCAGGCGAGAGAUCGUCAGGAGAACGGCUUGGGGACUCGUCCUGGUGUUUCCAGAGUUCAGACUCGUGGCCGUGUGGAUGGCUCAAGCUUGCCAGAGGACGGGACUCGCCCCGGGGCUGUAGGGGAUGGGCGGGCAAGGCAUAUGCUCACAGCCAGAGAAUCAGACACGGAGCGCCGGGCGAGAGAGCUGAAGGCUGCAGAUGUGCAUUUGGCGAGAGUCAGGGAUGGGAGGGGUCAUAUCGAUUGUACGAACCGCCGUGAGCAGUGA